AUGAGGAAGACCGUGUGCGUUUCUUUGUCACAGAGAAAGCCAAAGUAUUCAGCAACUCGCCGACUGCAUUUGAAGUCCAAACUGCUGAAGAAGGCAGCUUCUAUGCUGGUGGCCGAAAGUGAAGAGAAAAAACACGAGAAAGAAAGAGUAUUGAACGAGUGUUUCCCUCCACUGAAGCUCUCAGGUCUGUCUGUCCAGGAGCUGCAGGAUCUUUGUAAAGAACUAAAUCGUAAGAUUGAUGUUACAGAUGAAGCACGCUAUGAUAUGGAGGCUAAGGCAGCCAGAAGUGGGACUGAGAUCCAGACACUGAUUCUCAAGAUCAGUGAGCUGAAGGGGGUGAAGCGGCCCAACUUGAAGAGAGUGAAGAAAACGACGGACGACAUGCUGGGUGCAUUCACAGAAACCUCCAAACUCAUGAAGGCGGAUUUCAAGGCCAAACUGAAGACAGUGAAGAAAGAAGAUGAGAAGAAGGAAGAGGUGACCGACUGGCGUAAAAACGUGGAGGCCAUGUCCGGUAUGCAGGGCAGGAAGAAGCUGUUCACUGCUGGACAAUAAGAAGCUGCUCAUGUUAAACAAGACGAUGUUAGCAACACAUUGAUUCUAAAGAAAAUCUUCAGUUUCCAAUGUUUAAGUGAUUUUUUUAAGAUAAAAAAUGAAUUGAUUUUUUUGUCUUAAUUUAAGAAUUAAUGUCGACAUAAAAAAUAUUUUCAUUUCAGGAUGAAACACAACCGGUUAGUUCAUGUCAACACAACAAAUAUUAAACAAAUGCACAAAUGCACUUGAUGUAAUGUAAACCUGUA